UUUUGUGUUGUUUUCAAUUUUUACAAACAACAUUUUGUGUUCAAAUUUAAAACGAAUUAGUUAUUAUUGUUGGUAGUGUGUGUUUUUAGAACGAUCGGAAAGUGAGCGCCGUAUUUUCGGCGUUUACUUUAAGAAUGGAGGAACUGCGGUCUUUUUUCAACAAUCCAUGUCCGUCUAAUGCACAAGUUAAAAAACUUCGAGGUCCAGUUACUGGUGGUCGGCGAAUAACUAAAGAAGAUACGAUAAAUGAAUUUAAUAAACCUGAAGAGCAUCGCCACUCUGUUCUCGCGAGCGGCACUGAUUAUGCUGAUGCAAUUAAAAAAAAAGAAAUGGAAAAUUAUUUGAAGUAUGAAGGUAACAGAGACACAUUCCAAAGUUUUGCUGGUGGACUGGAUUCUUUAGAGCAGCUAUCUUCGUACAGCUAUUCAAUGCAGAAUAUUGAGGCACUUACAGAGGAAGCAAUGAAUGAAGUAUACAAGAAAUACUCAUUCCAGAGAAAGGAGGAUACAAAUAAUUUAGCUAUUAAUGAAUACAGGCAUCAGAUUUUAAGCAGCAUCUCAGCUUAUCCAGUGGUGAUUAUAGAGGGUCCAACUGGAUGUGGUAAGACAACACAAGUACCACAAUGGAUUUUAGAUGAUUCAUUUGAGAAUCGUAGGCCAUGCAAAAUUGUUGUCACUCAGCCGAGAAGAAUAGCAGCUAUUUCUAUUGCAAAAAGAGUUGCUCAAGAGAGAGGGUGGGAUGUUAGUGGUGUAGUUGGAUAUCAGGUUGCAUUGGAAGCCAAGGUGUCAUCCGAUACUCGGAUAAGUUAUGUUACAACUGGUGUACUUCUACAAAAACUUGUUGCAGCGAAGAAUAUGAACGAAUAUACCCAUGUAAUAUUGGAUGAAGUGCAUGAGCGUGGUCAGGAAAUGGACUUUCUCCUGCUAGUUGUAAAAAGACUCCUGUACACUGUAUCACCACAUGUAAAAGUGGUGCUCAUGUCCGCUACAAUUAACCGGAAGACAUUUGCGGAUUACUUUAUGAUACCAACUCCAAUGGGAUUGCAGACUGCCAUGUCUAUUAAAGUUGUGAAGAAAGAUCCAAUGUAUACUGUGAAAAUUUUCUAUCUUAAUCAUCUUAAUAAAUUCGGAUCGAUAUUGGACAAAAUUACAUCAUUAAAGAAUGAAUCACCAGGUAUCCCUUCAGAGAUGCAUCAUUUGGUGAUUAAAUUGAUAGAUGCUUUUGAACAAAUUGAUGAAAAAGAAGAGAACAUUGGUAAUAGAUCAGAAGCCGAUUUACCAUCAGUUUUGAUAUUUUUACCCGGUAUUAAUGAAAUUGAAGAGUUAUAUGAUUGUUUGACAAAUUCUGAAUUGAGAUUAAAAAUGUCAGAGAAAGCAGGUACAUCAAAAUUGAAAUGGUGGGUAUUGCCGCUACAUUCAACUAUCACAGCGGACGAGCAAGUGCGUGUGUUCCAGCGCGCGCCGCCAGGACAGCGCAAGAUCAUACUGGCCACAAACAUCGCUGAGAGCUCCAUUACAGUGCCUGACAUCAAGUAUGUGAUCGACUACUGCCUAAUGAAAGUGCUGGUAGCGGACACAGCGACAAACUUCACGUCGCUGCAGCUGGCGUGGGCAGCCAAGGCCAACUGCGAGCAGCGCGCAGGUCGUGCGGGCCGUGUACGUGACGGACGCGUCUACCGGCUAGUCUCGGAGAGAUUUUAUAAUGAUUUGCCGGACGAGUGUCCCCCGGAGAUAGUACGAUGUCCGCUGGAGCGGCUGGUGCUGCUCGCCAAGAUGCUGGACAUGGGCCCGCCGAGUGACAUCCUCGCUCUUGCCAUGGACCCGCCCGAUAUGUCCAAUAUACACAAAACUAUAUUAGUACUCAAAGAGGUGGGUGCUAUGAAGAAGACAAUAAACGAUGAGUGGUGCGUGUCAGACGGUGAUGUCACAUACCUGGGCCGCAUCAUGGCCAAGCUGCCGCUGGAUGUGAGGAUCUCCAAGCUGAUUAUGCUAGGUUACAUCUACGGAUGUUUUGAUGAAAGUAUUAUUAUGGCUGCGGCCAUGUCCGUGAAGAAUGUAUUCAACAGUCCAUUCCGUGAGAAACUGAACGCGUACAACUCGAAGCUGACUUGGGCUGACGGCUCCACCAGUGAUUGUAUCGCCUUCCUCAAUGUUUAUAAGGUGUGGAACCACCUGCGCAAGCUGAAUUACUUCAAGCAGCCGGGCAGCGAGGGUCAGUGGGCGCGCCGGUUCUACGUGCAGGUGCGCGCACUACGUGAGCUGGACGACCUCGUGCGGGAGCUGCGUGCGCGCCUCUCCCGCGAAGGACUGGAGAUCAACGCAGUGCCUUCCCCAUGGGCUAAACAUGAGAUCACAUUGGUGCUUAAAUUAAUAAUCGCAGGCGCAUUCUACCCGCAAUACUUCGUACACUCGUCAGUAGAUGAGUGUCGGGAGCGUGAGGCAGUGCGUGCACUGGGCGGCCUCAACCCGCGUCGCUCUCUGUACUUCACCGGGUGGCCCACACACCAGCCACUUGCUCCUUACGCACCAGCCAUACGGAACACAGUCCGUCGUCUGCUUGGCGACGACCCCAGGGUCAGCUUUGAUAUCGGCAGCAGGAAAGUAUUUUUGACGUUCUCUGACGGAAGUAAUGAAACUAAAUCUACUGAAAAAACUGGGGAUCCUACGAUUCCCGGGCAAGUGGUUCUCCCUGUGUACAAAGCUGUCAAGGCUCGACAAAUAAGAACAGACUUUCGGAUACCUCUUUUGCCUAUAGAAAAAGCGAACGAAUUAGCAGCGGCGUACGAGAGAGCCACCACUAAUGUAGACUUGGACAAGUUAGUGCCGCGAUUGCCGGAAAUUGAUGACACCCACUUCCCUCUCAAACUAUCGCAAUACAUAUCGGUGAGCAAGUUCUGGGUGCAGUACGACGAUGAGUCAACAGCUACAGAGUUGCGUCAGAUAGAGGCAGCUCUGAACCGCGGCACGCUGCUGGCGAGUGCUGGCGGGGAGCGGGCCGGCGUGCUGCGUGCCGCACCCUACGUUAGUGCAGCCGGCACAUCGUUCUAUCGUGCUAGAAUUGUUAAUACGUUGCCCAGGGAUAUGCUAGAGGUAUUGUACAUAGACUACGGUAGCUACGGACGUGUGAGUACAUGCAGCGUACGAGAGCUGCCUGCAGGCGUGUGCAGCAACACGCCUCCACUGGCCAUGCGGUGUUCUUUGGCUGGUGUUGCACCUGCGCCGCUGUUAGACCACCACGCGCACUGGACACCUGCAGCAGACCAUCUGUUUACUACGCUCAUCACACGCGGUCGACUGCUAGGCAAGGUGUAUUCAGUGGUGAAUGGUGUGGUAUCAAUAGAGUUAUUCGCGGAGCAAGGCAAGACGAGCGUCAACAAAGCGCUCUUGGAUAAAGGCCUCGCCGUACCAUGCGAGGAAAGCUAUGAAUCUAAGUUAAACCACGACGUGAGAGAGAUGGCGAAUAGUCUGAACAUGGUUCAAAAGCGGGCUUACAACAAGGAGCAGAUCGAGGCAGCGUUUUAUCACAUGAAUGAAAUAGAUCCGCCCAAUUAUAAGGAAUGUGAAACAGAUGUAUGCUUGAAAGGACCAUUUAGUCCAUUGGAAAUCAGCGUUCACAAUCUGAUGUACGCGGGUCGGGAGAAACAGGUUAAUAUCGAGUGGAAUUCUGUCAACUCUGUGCUGUUGGAUACUGAGCCGCAGGAGAUUUAUGAAAAAUUAUUAGUAGCUGCCCAAGUGGGACAGAACGAGAUGGGCAGCACGCUGACCUUGCACCACACAACCCUGAUGCCCAACAUACCUGGCCUGCCCGCUAUCAUCGCAUUGCUCUUCUGUCCUGCAGCUGAGUUGCGCCGCGACGAGCGGUGUACGCGCUACGUGAGCACGCUGUGUGGUCUGGGCAGUCAUGACGAUGGCCGACCAUACUUCCCCGAGCACGAUAUACUCGUCAAUAUAGACGUUGACCUGGAUGUGGAUGAUAUCGGCUUGAUAAACCACGUGCGGCACCUGAUGGACUACAUGAUGUUCUGCAGUGAGGGUCAGGACACGCCCACCGCUGAUGACGAGUUCCAUCCCAAAGUGCCCAAAUUCAUACGAGAGGAUAUUAUGAAAUUGCUGCGCAAGCGACGCAAGCACCGCGAGUCGUGCUGCGUGGCGAAUGCGUGGCGGUGGCGGUCUGCGGACGAGAGCGAGCUGCUGGAGAUCAGCGUGCCCGGCAUGGCGGAGCGCGCGCUCGUGUUCGCGCUGCACCGCCCGCUGGAGCUGCACGCGCCGCCCCGCACUGACCUGCUGCGUCUCUACAACGCCAACCAGGCGCUGCACAACCUGCUCGCCAGGACAUCAUCGUCGUCAAGUCAGGAGCUGACGUGCGAGCUGUGCAACACGGGCCCGCUGCCCGCGCCCGCCAUGCGCAUACAUCUCUACUCCAACAUGCAUCAAGAGAAGGAGGACGACCUGCGAGAUGUGCAGUCAUAACCACCCUAACUCACUAACCUCAAAGACUCAAAAACUACUUGUCAGAUUCAUCUCUUCAUUAAUUAAGUAUUAUCUUUGGAAUAAAUAAUAUAUUUUUCUACUAGCCACCCCUUACAUCUAGUCUAGAUCAUCGGCUGAUGACGUCCCUGACUUUUGCUUACUCUACUGUUAAGUAAUGUAUUUACUAAUGUGAGUUUACAUUGUUCAAAUUGUAUAACAACAUAUUGAAGUUUAUAGGCAUGAGAGCAUUCUCUUUGAAUAAUAAGAAUUGAAUUUGAAUUGAAAAUUCUAUUGAAUUGUGUUGACGUGAUAUUGAUAUAAGUUUCUAACUCUUAUUUCCAGAACUAAAAGAAAUAUGUGUUUUAUAAGUAAAAGUAAAAACGCAAUAGUGACAUUUAUUAGCAUGUAGGAACAUUAAAAUAGUAUUUUUUCUACUGUAAAAACUUUGUUAUAUGUAUUAGCGUACAUAUGUUGUGAUAUAAGGUUAAACCUAGAAAUUAGUUUAAUUAAAAUCUUAAAUUACGAUAUGUUAAUUUCUAUAUAGAUCUUAAAAACUGAU